AUGUCCACCUCCACCGAAUCCAUGCCGCUAAUCUACACCCGAGUUCCGCGCGCCCCACGGCCCGCGCUUCCUUCGACAAAAACCCUCCAAAAGCGUCCCCUCCUCCACCCACCGAUCUCCUCCGCCUCAUCCGCAGAACCAAAAGUAUUCUACAUAUCCGCCAGUUCCUCGCACGCAGCGAUCAUCAAGCGCGUCAACAAGCAGCUGAACGCGUUCGCCGCCAACGCCGGCACCUCCCGCCGCGGAAAUAGUAACAAGCGGCAAAAGCUUGGGAAGAAACCCCAGGAAGGAGUUACACUAAAGGCGACCGGAAAGGGGAUUACGAAUGCGGUUAUCCUGGGGACGAAGUUUAUGGAUAUGGGCUGUGAGGUGAGGGUUACUACUGGGAGUAUCAAGAUUGUGGACGAUGUUGUGGAUGCGCUAGAAGAAGUGGUGAAUGGGAAGGAGGCGGUAGGCGAGGGGGAGAAAAACGGGGAGGAUGAGGAGGUGGCCGAUAUGCAUGUGAGGACCAACAGUACAGUUGAGGUUUUCGUUUGGAGGAAGGAGGUGGAGGGGAAGUAG